UUCGUCUUGCUUGGUUAAUUUUUAAUGGGAAACCUUACGGUUGUCAAGGUGAGUAGCAUGUUAUCACUGAGAAGUUACUGUGGGCCAGGACUCACAGUGUACUUUCCAUGAACUACUAUUAUCCCCAUUGCACAGAUGAGGAAGCUGAGCCUCCGAGAGGCUGUGCUAUGGUGUAUUCACGGUCCCAUAGCUAGUUUGUGGUGGAGCAAGGACCAUGUUAUUCAAGUCCAAGCUUUGAUCUUCUGUGGUUGUUUGUGUAACGGACCAGUCUUAUCUUGGGCCUGGUAUGUCCUUUCCAGCCCACCCACCCCCUAGAGGUGCCAUGGUUUGUGUUUUCUCAGUAAUUGAGGGUCUCCUGGCAUUUGGAGCCCAGGGGUGAUAAACAUUCUUCAAGACACCAGAUAGCUCUCCCCAGUGAUGAACCAGCUCACCUCAAAUACCAACUAUGCCCCUGAUUAGAAACACUAAAACCAACUGUCCUAAUUUACUUGGAUAAAGUGACAUGGGGCCAGCCUGGGAAGCCACAGUCACCUUGUUCCAUGCAAGAUGGAGCUGGAUAUGUCAUAUGUCAUAGCUUCUGUAACCCAGGGGCUGGUGGGUCUCCUGCAGGCGGAGAGGCUGAUAGAGGCAGCAGGACCCACUUCCUAAGAGAAAGAGUUGUGGGGAGAAGGUUGGAUUUUGGAAACAGGCAAACCAGGGUCUAAGUCCUGGCUUGGGCCCUCUAGGCUGAGUGAACUUUGCUGGUUCUUGUCUUGAGCAGAAUCAGGGCGAUAAUAUCUUCCUAAUAAGCUGUGGUGGGGAUUAGAGACUUUAGCAUGGAAAGCAGGGGAGCAGUCAGGCACAUAAUACAUGCUCUCUGAGUUCAGAGGGGGAUCUGGGUGGAAGAGGUAGAGCUGGGGCUAGACUCUGCCAGGAGGUUCAGAUUGGAGAACAUGCCAGGCAAGGGGGACAGCUUAAGCAAAGGAGGGCAAUGUCUGCUCAGAGACAAAGGACAUGGAUUGUACCUUUGGAAGAGGAGGGAGCACUGAGGCUUCCACAUCUAGAUUCAGUCUAACUCCAAAGGCCAGGCUGAGGAGGCUGUGGACUGUGGUGUCACCACAGCUUCUCUGCAAAGCAGGCACAGUGGGAUUGGGCGGGAGUGGGAGGAAUAGGGACAUAGCUGAUGACAACAGCAUAGCUGAUAGCUGAUGACAGCAGCCAGGUUAUUGGUCAGUGAGCCAUUUCAGGAGGUGAAGGGAUAGCCACUGCCUAGUGGUCAAGCACAUAGCCAGUCAUUGUCCAGGCUGAUGGAGGUGUGUGUUGGAGGAGCUGACAGCCAGGAGGCCUAUGAUCAGAGCUCACCAUGGCCAAACAGCUGCAGGCCCGAAGACUCAAUGGGAUCGACCACAAUCCCUGGGUGGAAUUUGUCAAACUCUCCAGUGAGCCUGGCGUUGUGAACUUGGGGCAGGGAUUCCCUGACUUCGCACCCCCAGACUUCGCUUUGGAAGCCUUUCGGCGUGCUGUCAGCGGGGACUUCAUGCUCAACCAGUACACCAAGCCAUUUGGUUACCCACCACUGAAAGAGAUCCUGGCAAGUUUCUUUGGGAAGCUGCUGGGCCAGGAAGUGGACCCACACAAGAACGUGCUGGUGACUGUGGGAGCCUAUGGGUCCCUGUUCACAUCCUUCCAGGCCCUGGUGGAUGACGGUGAUGAGGUCAUCAUCAUUGAACCCGCUUUUGACUGUUAUGAGCCCAUGACGUUGAUGGCAGGGGGUCACCCUGUAUUUGUGUCCCUGAAGCCGAGUCCCAUCCAGGAUGGGGAACUGGAUUCCAGCAGCAACUGGAAGCUGGACCCCACAGAGCUGGCCAGCAAAUUCAGCCCUCGCACCAAAGCCCUGGUCCUCAACACACCCAACAACCCCCUGGGAAAGGUGUUCUCCAGGGAGGAGCUGGAGCUGGUGGCCAGCCUGUGCCAGCAGCACGGCGUGGUGUGCAUCAGUGAUGAGGUCUACCAGUGGGUGGUUUAUGACGGCCAUGAGCACGUCAGCAUCGCCAGCCUCCCUGGCAUGUGGGAACGGACCCUGACCAUUGGCAGUGCUGGCAAGACCUUUAGCGCCACUGGCUGGAAGGUGGGUUGGGUCCUGGGUCCAGAUACCAUCAUGAAGCACUUGUGGACUGUACACCAGAACUCUAUCUUCCACUGCCCCACACAGGGCCAGGCUGCAGUAGCCUGGAGCUUUGAGCGGGAGCAGGUGCACUUCGGCCAACCCAAUAGCUACUUUGUGGAGCUCCCGCAGGCCAUGCAGCGCAGGCGUGACAACAUGAUCCGCAGCCUGCAGUCAGUGGGCCUGAAGCCCAUAAUCCCCCAGGGCAGCUACUUCCUCAUCACAGACAUCUCGGACUUCAAGAGAAGGAUGCCUGACUUGCCUGGCACUGCAGAUGAGCCCUACGACAGCCGCUUUGUCAAGUGGAUGAUCAAGAAUAAGGGCUUGGCGUCCAUCCCUGUGUCCAUCUUCUACAGCGAACCUCAUCGGAAGCUCUUUGACCACUAUAUCCGCUUCUGUUUUGUGAAGGUAAAGGGUGGAGCUGGGGGAGGAAAGACCUCCCCAAGCUCCCAAGGCCUUGGGGAGUGUAGGAGAGGGUAGGACCAAUCUUUGCUUGUGCAGGAUGAAUCCACGCUCCAGGCCAUGGACGAGAAGCUGCAGAAGUGGAAGGCUGAACUCAAGCCCUGAUGCCACCUCCUGGGCCCUGACCCUUCUAGUCCCUACACACUCUUGUCUCUUUCUAGGUCAGGGGAAGAUGGUGCCAGGAGAUUCCUUCUCUGUGACAGAAUGGGAAGUCAGGUGUCCCCUCCCCACAGUGCCGAUACUCCUGUCCCCAAGGUGAAGGAGGCCUGACCUGACCUCUUCCUGCCCCUCUGUGGGUCAAGUCACAGGGCCUUGGGUUGCUUCUGGUCUUCCCAGUGUGGCUGGACUGACAGGGCAGAGUCCCUCAGUGUGUCCAGCCUCAUGUUGCCAGCCUUGCAUGCCCUAGCUAAGGCUCAGGCGUAACCUCUGCCUGUCCUAUCUAAUCUUGACCUUGGGAAGUUGCGUUUAGUCUUGAUUCCUCAAGCCACUCAUUUCUACCCAUAAUAAAAUUUUAAGUUACU